AUGCCAGGAAGCGCAGACUGGUUUGGUGCCGUGGAGGCAGGUGACACGAGCCUUAUUCAACAGCUUCUGCCACAGUAUAAGCUCACCGUGAAUGAUGCUGGAGAUACAGCUCUUAUUUUGGCUGCCCGUUUGAACAAAAUAGGCAUUGUUCGCAUCCUGGCUGCCCACGAACAUGGGCGAAUGACAAGAGAUGGCAGGACAGCGUUAAUGAUUGCUGCCUCGAGGGAUUACCCUGACGUUUGCGAACUUUUAGCUCCGUACGAGGCCAAUAUCUAUUGUGACCGAGGGCGAGACUGCCUUAUGAUUGCCGCCAAAUCGGUCUCUGUGGAGUCUCUUUCUGUGCUCCUAAAAUAUGUGUCGUACAGGCGGGACAGUCACGAUCUCUGUGCUCUGGACUAUGCGGUUCUAGCGGAGAGCCUUGUUUGUGUUCGCCUCUUGCUACAAAGAAUGGUCUUCCAAGAGGAGGUGCUUGAGCUCUCUCUUUCUUUAGCACGGGCUAAGGACCUUGGUGCAAUUGAGACAGCGUUGAAGGAGGCUCUUGAGCAUCAUCAUUCCUUUGCAAGUUCCCAAAUAAAUGUUAAAUCACUCAAGACAGAUGUCAAAGAUGGCUUCAAGCCAGCAGCCUCGGCAAAUAAUAUCCUUACAGCAGAUAGCGACGCUUCACAGGCGUCCUCUAUGAAUGUCACGUCUAAGAUCCCUCGUCCUGAUGGAUUCAUUGACAAUUUAAGACCCUCCCUAUCGAAGUCAAUGGGAGUAGAGUCACUCACCCCCGGGAAACAGACUCAGCAACCUAUGCAACGAAGUUACCACUUUGGUGCACAGCAACAGAAGCAGGCUGAUACAAAGACGUCAGUUGACGGCUUCUCUGUGUUACCAGACUCCAACGUGAUCGACUCUACCACAGCUACUCAUGGAUCUCUUUCACCGUUAGCCAACUUUACAGCCCCAAAGAUAAGCACCAAUACAUCAUCCACGUACAAACCUUAUGUGCCUUACGAUUUUAGCACUCUUUCGGAUGUGAGCACGUUAUCACAGCAUAUCCCCACGGGGAUCACGUCUUCUAACCCUUCUACUUUGCACACAUUUAUCAAUACGGAGUCGACUCUGCCAACAUUGAACAUGCAGCCAUUCGCCGGUGCAUCGUCUGCUCCUGCUCCCGUUGUGCAGACUGACCGUUCUUUUAGCUCCUUUAGCGAAAUUGAGCGAAAUCUGCGCUUAGCGUUGUCACAUAUAGGAACAGUAGCAAAUGGAACGAAUACCCCGCCAUCUGCGCGGACAUAUCAAAGCGUGCUUGAGGUCGUUAAUAGUCCUGCAGUCAAGACCACCAAGCAGCUUAUUAGUGCGAUGGCACCAAUGGUCAACCUAAUUAAUCAUCAAUCGUCAAACACUCCAGGAAAGCUGGCCAUGGUAACCACUGCAGAAGACUUAUCGAAUAUGCCUAACGGUAUUUCUCCUUUAGAUGCAAUAGAAAGUUGGAAGGAUGUUCAAAAAUAUAUAACUGCAUUAGAAGGGCACACGUUGGUUAAAAGUAAAAUUGCUGCUACCCCUCCGCUGAGUCAUAACAGGCUUACCUCUCCAAUGCUGAACCUAGAUGGCAGCAAGGUGUAUGAAGAUAAGACUAUUCUGUCGGCGCUAGAUGCAAUUACAUCCAUACGAAUGUCUCCAGCUUCCCGCCUUGCAGAAAAGCUUAAGACACCGCUCCGCACACUUCAUUUUCCCGACAAAGAUAUGGAUUGUACGUUUCAUGAAAUUCUUUUAGAUUUACCUGAAACUAAAAAAGAGAAAGUAACAGACUUUGUAUCUAAACUGUACUCUAAUGUUUGUAUUAUGGAAUCAUCGCAAUUAAAUUUUUCUGAGAAUGCUGAUAACAAAGAGCUUGAAAAGCUUCGAAACGAUUACAUGCUACAGAAGUUCGAAAUCACCUCUCAAGCAGGAAUAAUAGAAGCUCUGACUACUGAACUGGCACAGCUCAAGCAGCAGCACGGCCUUGAAUUUCCAGAUGCCAAAGACUCUCAAAAGGGCCCAGCCUAUGCCCUUCCGCCGAGUCUCUCUAGUAGCAGGCUCAAUAUAUCUCAAAUUAUGGCCAGUAACUCUAUUGGAACCCAGACAGAUCUCGGCGAUGCCUGGUUCUCUGCCGUCCAGCAAAAUAAUGUCGCAUAUGUAAAGGCUCAUGUAGGUAUAAUGGCGAGGGUAAGAGAUAGAGAUAACAAGACAGCACUCAUGCAUGCUGCAUGCAAUGGCUUUAUUGACAUAGCUUUUGUCUUAGCAGAGCAUGAAGCAGGGAUUCAGCAAUCUGAUGGAUUUACAGCUCUCAUGCAUGCUGUGAUCUCUGGACACUAUCUCAUCGUCAAGCUACUAUUAGACUAUGAGGCCUACUUCUCCACAACACAACUUUCCACAUGGCCGGCUGGUUGCACUGCUUUGAUGCUUGCAGCACACAGUGGAAGCGUGCAAUCCAUAAACAUACUUCUGGAAAAACUAUGCACAGAGAGGGAUGCAGCAGGUAACACGGCUCUUUAUUAUGCCGUGAUGGGUGGAUCCACAGUUGCAUUGUCUGCCCUUUUGAGCAAAAGCAUCAUGUUUGAGUUACGUGAUAUAGAUUCUGCUCUGGCUAUAGCCCAAGACAAGUUACGGCAAGAUUUCAUCAGUAUUUUGCAGCCUCUACGUCAAAACAAAGAGGCAAAUAUUCAAAAGUACAUCAGGGAAUGCUCAGAACUGAAGCAACGGGUCGCUGAGUUAGAGGCCAUAAGGCUUGUUUCGGGACAGUCUUAUCCUGCAGGUUCAGGUACAUACACUUUUCAGAGUUCUGGACAUGCCAAGCAGCAGGGAUCAUCACGCCCAGGCUCUGCGUCUGCAGCCGGCCCCAAUUCUGCAUUGCGAGGUAUCCCCGAUAUGCAUGAAAUGAGCUCACUGGAUCCUCGACGGAUGCACGAAACGCCAGCACGUAUCUCCGAAGACGACAUCCUCUCCGCGUUGCAGCACGCUAUUGAGAAUAGGCGCGGCAGCAUAACAUCAGCACCAAUUGAGGACUCUGUGACAACAGCAACCCCGUCUCUGUUCACUCCUGGAUUUGCUACGAUUCAGCAAGCACAUACCGGAAACGAUGAUUACUUACCGGGAGGCCAUGCCCCUAAUGCCCACCAGUCACAUAAGGAACAGCCGCUCUUGGAGCCUAAUGCAAAUGCUUCACAUGGUCUUUUGCAGGAUGUAAUUUAUCGUCCCUCCUCAGCGUCCACGGCUCUGGCAAAUGUACCCAAACCUAUAGAUCGGCGAGUCAGCGUCGUCAACACUACCAUAAGCCCUAUGGUGGAAACAGUGACUGUCUCCGAAGCAGUGUCCCCAACUAUUAAUACAAAUAUUGUACGCACAACCAUGCAAAGACAGCACGAUGACAACGUUCUUUUCCGUGCCAUAACUAAUAAGGAUAUCACGGCUGUGCAACAAGCUAUGGAUAGCCUUUCAAGAAGGCAAGAUCAACAAGGUAUUUCGCCGUUGAUGUAUGCCAUCCAAGUUGGGUUUACCGAUGCAGCCUUGUUGCUGAUAGAUCUCUCAGCUGGAUUGAUGGAUAUUAACGGCAGGACCGCACUGAUGUAUUCAGUAGAACAUGAUAGACUUGAUAUUGCGCGGCGCUUAAUAAAUAGAGAGGCGGGCAUGCAGACUAGAGACAUUCCUCCCUAUCCACUUUACACGGCACUUAUGAUAGCCGUAACUCGGCGAAAGUUGGACUUCGUCAAACUUCUUGCUCCUGUGGAGGCUGGGAAGAAAAAUAGUAAUGGGGAAACAGCCCUAAUGAUAGCUGCAAAGCUCGACUACACUGAUGCAGUUUAUUGCCUUUUGAACGCUGAAGCUGGAAUAAUGACAAAAGAUGGGCAGACAGCGCUGGCUUUCGCCUUGGAGGCUGGCAAUUUACAGACAGCGGAAAUACUAGCUCGUCGGGAGACACCCAGCACAGAUGAUAUUCUUCCGCACGACGGAAAGAGUUGCACAGAACUCAUGCAAGCGGCUGAACUUAAUGACAUUGUUCAGGUAUAUUCAUUACUGGCCAAGCAGGCUAAGCUCACAGAUAGAAAUGGCCGCACGGGUCUCAUGAUUGCUGCAGAACGGGGGUAUCUCGGAAUAAUGCGUUUGCUCAUACCUUAUGAGGCGAAAAUGCAGAUGACUGGCCGCGGCUGGAACAAUGGAACAACUUCGUUAAUGCUUGCCGCAAGUAAGGGGAAUUUGGAGGCCUGCCGCAUGCUUCUUCCCGUAGAGGGACGUAUGCAGAAUAAGGAGGGCCGCACGGCGCUCAUGUUUGCCGCUUGGAAUGGGUACACUGACUGUGUCAAAUUGUUGAAGGAUAUGGAGGUCAGAAUGACGACUACCGCAGCUUAUGAGCUUGGUGAAGGCUUCACUGCGCUCAUGGCUGCUGCAACAAAUGGGCAUGAAGCAUGUGUUCGUUUACUAUUAGAUGAGGAGCUGGACAUCACCCAGCCAGACAAGAAGAACGCGCUGUACUGGGCUAACGAUAACCGCAUUCGGGAACUACUGAAGGGACCACGCUGA